AUGGGGAUCUUCCCCCUUUCCCCUACGCCAACCCUCCCUUUCGGCCACUCCCACCCGCCCUUUCUCCCACUCCCCCUCGUCCUUUCGCCCACUCCCCCUCGCCAUUACCCCCACUUUCCCCUGUCCAUUCCCGCACUCCCACUCAUCCAUUCCCCACUCCCACCCAUCUUUUUCCCCACUUCCCCCCGUUCAAUCCCCCACUUCCCCCCCCACUUUCCCGCGUCCAACCCUCCGCCUCUCUCACCCUCCGCGGCCUCACCUCCGCCUCACCGCUACCUCCGCCUCUCUCACCCUCCGCCUUUCUCGCCCUCCGCCUCUCUCGCCCUCCGCCUCUCUCUACCUCCGCCUCUCUCACCCUCCGCCUCUCUCGCCUCUCUUCCCCCGUUCAAUCCCCCACUCCCACCCGUCCUUCCCGCCACUCCCCCAGAUCCACACCUUCCUUUUGACCAUGCAUGCCCUCCGCUCCACACACGCUUCCCCGUGCGAACCAUGUCAUCCUCCCUUCCCCAUGCUACCCAUGUCAUCCUCCCUUCCCCAUGCUACCCAUGCCAUCCUCCCUUCCCCAUGCUACCCAUGUCGUCCUCCCUUCCCAAUGCUACCCAUGUCAUCCUCCCUUCCCCAUGCUACCCAUGUCAUCCUCCCUUCCCCGUGCGAACCAUGUCAUCCUCCCUUCGCCAUGCUACCCAUGUCAUCCUCCCUUCCCCAUGCUACCCAUGCCAUCCUCCCUUCCCCAUGCUACCCAUGACAUCCUCCCUUCCCCAUGCUACCCAUGUCAUCCUCCCUUCCCCAUGCUACCCAUGUCAUCCUCCCUUCCCCAUGCUACCCAUGUCGUCCUCCCUUCCCAAUGCUACCCAUGUCAUCCUCUUUUCCCCAUGCUACCCAUGUCAUCCUCCCUUCCCCAUGCUACCCAUGUCAUCCUCCCUUCCCCAUGCUACCCAUGUCAUCCUCCCUUCCCCAUGCUACCCAUGUCAUCCUCCCUUCCCCAUGCUACCCCUGUCAUCCUCCCUUCCCCAUGCUACCCCUGUCAUCCUCCCUUCCCCAUGCUACCCCUGUCAUCCUCCCUUCCCCGUGCUACCCAUGUCAUCCUCCCUUCCCCAUGCUACCCCUGUCAUCCUCCCUUCCCCAUGCUACCCAUGUCAUCCUCCCUUCCCCGCCCACCAUCUCUCUCUUGCACCGACCUCCUCCUCUCUCUUGCACCGACCUCCUCCUCUCCGCACGCAUGGCAGGUGGUGCUGCGGCUUUGGAGCAGAGUGCUUGGCGCACAGCCGGGGAAGCGCGUGCAGGCGGGCAGCAAGGAGCGCAGUACUGCAGGGGGGCCUGCAGGGGAGCGGGGGAGUCGGGGCAGGGGAGGCAGGGGGUAGGGAGAGAGGGUGCAGAAAUCCCCCACUCCCACCCGUUCCACCCUUAUACCCUUCCACACUUUUACCUCCUGCCCUCCUCCCUUACUCCGUUCCUUUGUUCCCCCACAGUCUCCUUCCCUCCCUUCCUCCCGUCCUCCCUUCCUGCCAUUCUCCCAUCUCCUCAUCCUCCCUUGAUCCGGUCCCCCAUCUCCCACCCUCCUACUCCCUUCCUCACUCCAACCCUGCUUUUCCGGUCCACCCUUUUACCUUCCCCCUUGAACCUUGCCACACUUUUUCCUCCUCCGUCCAUCCCAUCUUUCUCCGUCUUUUCCUCCUUCACUUUCUCCCGUCCAGCCUUCCUCUCAUCCCCCUUUCCUCGCUUAUCUUCCCUUCCUCUCAUCCGCCAUUUUCUAUCAUCCGCCCUUCAUCCUCCCUUCCUCUCAUCCUCCCAUCCUCCCUUUCUUCCUUCCUCCCUCCCUUCCACCCUUCCACCCAACGUCGUCCUCUCCUACCCCCUUCCUUCCUUCAUCUCCCCAAUUCUCUGCCUCAGUGCCUUUCAUGCCUGUCCCCCUUCCGCCCUUCAUGCCUGUCCCCUUCGCUCAUUUUCUCCCUCCGUUGUUUCGUAUCCUUCCCCGAUGCUUCAACUUUGACACAUUCGAGUUUGUGGUUCGUGUUUGUGCAGGUCAGCCAUGCAUCCAGUUGUGAUGUGUUUUUGUUUGAUGACAGUGGUACUGAAUGA